AUGGAAAUCAAGAUUCCUUUUGAAAUUAAAUCUCUCGAAAUAUUUCCCAAUAUUAUUGUUAAACGUCUAUAGUUUUUUAGAAGAGCAAUAAAAGAAUUAAUUUCAUCAGAAUCUUGUCUAGAUGGCUAUAGAGUAUAUAUAAAUAUUAUUCAUUUAGUUUCCUAGAUAUUGUUAAUGA